AUGAGAAAACUAAUCCUUCUCCUAAUUGCUCUCUUCCUGAUUGCUAGCUAUCAAACCGUCACUGCUCAAUGGUAUGGUGCCUACAAUGCUGCCUUCAACGCUGCAACCACUCCAUGGAUGGCCACAACUGGAGCUUACAAUCCUGCUCUCUACAGCAAUGCCUACAUGGGUGCCAACUCUUUCACUCCUUAUUUGGCCACCUCUGCUGCAACAAGCACAAUUCCAAUUCUUGCAAAUAUGCAAGCAAGUAGUGCUGCCUUCAAUACUUGGUCAACUAUGCCAUAUGGAGGUAUGUAUUGGUAA